AUGCCGGAGGCGUCCCGGUGGCACCGAGGAGUGACUUUUGGGAUGGUAAACCCACAUAUGUAUUACUUAAACAAGGUUAUGUCAUCUCUAUUUUUGGACACUUCUGUACCUGGUGAUGAAAGAACCAACUUUAAGUCUAUUCGCAGCACAACUGAUUUUUGGAAGUUUAUGGAAGGACCUCUUUUGGAAGGUUUGUACUGGGACUCAUGGUAUACUAACCAGGAGCUGUAUAAUUUAAAGAACAGCAGUCGCAUCUACUAUGAGAACAUAAUUCUAGGAGUUCCCAGAGUCCGACAACUAAAAGUCCGCAAUAAUACAUGUAAGAUCUAUUCAUCCUUUGAGUCUCUGAUGAGUGAAUGUUAUGACAAAUAUACUGCUGAAAAUGAAGACCUGUCUGAUUUUGGCCUCCAACCCAAUAUUGAAUGGAAGUAUUCUACAUCUAAUGCCAGUUCUCCUUGGCACUGGGGAUUUGUUGGUGUUUACCGAAAUGGAGGAUAUAUUUUCACUUUAUCAAAAUCAAAAUCUGAAACCAAAAGCAAGUUCAUUGACCUUCGACUGAACAGCUGGAUCACAAGAGGGACCAGAGUUAUUUUCAUUGAUUUUUCACUAUACAAUGCUAAUGUCAAUCUGUUUUGCAUCAUCAGAUUGGUGGCAGAAUUUCCUGCAACUGGAGGAAUACUUACUUCAUGGCAGUUUUACUCUGUGAAACUCCUCAGAUAUGUUAGCUACUAUGAUUAUUUUAUUGCUUCCUGUGAAGUCACAUUUUGUAUUUUUCUUAUUGUUUUCACAACACAAGAAAUCAAGAAAGUAAAAGAAUUUAAGUCUGCCUACUUAAAAAGUAUUUGGAACUGGCUAGAAUUACUACUUUUGUUGUUGUGUUUUACGGCUGUUUUCUUCAACAUAUACUGUAAUGUACAACUCUUUCUCUUACUUGGACAGCUGCUGGAAAAUACUGAAAAAUAUUCAGAUUUCUAUUUUCUUGCAUACUGGCACAUUUAUUACAACAAUAUAAUUGCUGUUACCAUCUUCUUUGCAUGGAUAAAGAUAUUCAAAUUCAUAAGCUUUAAUAAGACAAUGUCUCAGCUGUCAUCAACUUUGUCCCGCUGUAUCAAAGACAUAGUAGGAUUUGCCAUCAUGUUUUUUAUAAUAUUCUUUGCUUACGCCCAGUUAGGAUUUCUUGUUUUUGGAUCACAGGUUGACGACUUUUCCACUUUUCAAAAUUCCAUAUUUACACAAUUUCGAAUUGUUCUUGGAGAUUUUAAUUUUGCUGGUAUUCAGCAAGCCAACUGGAUCUUGGGACCCAUUUACUUCAUCACUUUUAUCUUUUUUGUGUUCUUUGUCUUGCUGAACAUGUUCUUGGCAAUAAUUAAUGAUACCUAUUCUGAAGUGAAAGCUGAUUAUUCAAUAGGCAGAAGACCAGAUUUUGAACUUGGUAAAAUGAUUAAAAAGGGUUGUUUUAAUGCUCUUGAGAAACUCAAACUGAAGAAAGCUCAAAAAGAUGAAGACGAGAUUAUCAAAAGCAGUGAUUUGGCUGAAGAAGCCAGAAGACAAGGCUUUGAUGAAAAUGAGAUUCAAAGAGCAGAGAAAAUGAAAAAAUGGAAGGAGCGGCUUGAGAAGAAGUAUUAUUCUACUGAAAUUGAAGAUGACUACCAGCCUGUCACUCAACAAGAAUUUCAAGAACUCUUUCUAUAUGCUGUGGAGCUGGAGAAGGAAUUACACUAUGUCAGUUUAAAACUAAACCGAGUAAUGAGAAAGCUUUCAACUCUACAAAAAUGA